AUGAACAUCCGGAGAUAUAAACCAAACGUGGUGACGGCCAUUCUCGCCGUAAAUAUACUAGGACUGCUGAUGAUCAUCCUUGUGAACACACGGUCGCGCUGGCUCAGUCACGCCAUGGAUGGUUACUACUCACGUGCCAAAACCUUCAGUGAUUUAAGUGAAUCUGGAGCCUAUGAUUCGCUGAAGUGGGAGCCUGCCCAAGGUUCCGUGUAUGACACCAUGUUAGGUACCAGGGAAAUGGUAGCUCGCCCACUAGAAGCCGAUAAAAUGACGAACCUGAAUGUUAACCCCUCUAAUAAAUUAGACAUGUCCAAGUAUAAGUACAGUGAUACGUUGGAUUUCAUCCUCCCUGUCCCUCGUGUGUCUACAACAGACAGAGUGUACAGGUUAAAUAAAACCAUCAUGCAGAACUAUCUGAAAUUGAAAUCAAGAAAAUACACAGAUAAAGUGGUGAUUCUGACACCCAUUCAUAACAGCGAAAACAGCCUGAUGAACUAUGUUCGGGAAAUUAACCAUUUGUCCUACCCUCAUCAUCUUAUUUCAGUGGUUUUCGGCGAGGACGGUAGCCAUGAUGGCACCCUCACUGUAGCGCACGAGGUUGCGCAAGACUUGAAAGAUUUCGGCUUUAAGAGGACCGACGUUCUCCAUUUUAAUAUUUCAGGACAGGUUGAAGGUGGCUGGGGCGAUAUACAUCAUAUAACAGUUCAAUAUAAACGCCGGAAGCACCUUGCGCAGGCGCGGAAUCUUUUACUUAAAGGCGGUCUCAAAGACGAAGACUAUGUUUUAUGGAUAGAUAGUGAUGUAGGAAGCAUGCCACCUGACCUCAUUCAGCAACUUUUGUAUCCUGAUAAAGAUGUGGUCACACCGCUCUGUCUCUUCUCUUCCGGCGGUGUUGACCGCGUUUACGACAAAAACACUUGGCGGGAAACUGAAGACUCCCUUAGGAACCAAAAGACACUUCAGCCAUACGAAUUGGUAGUGGAAGGAUACAGUACAACUCUAAGGCUGUAUCUAUCAGAUCUUCGGGCCGAAGGGCGAGUUGUGGCUUUGGAUGGCGUGGGUGGAUGCAGUUUGUUAAUAAAAGCCGAAUGCCAUAGAAAAGGACUUAUAUUUCCGGAAGAAAUUUAUGAUCAUCACAUAGAAACGGAAGGCUUAUCGAAAAUGGCAAAAAACAUGUCGUUCGGAGUGUAUGGACUUCCGUUUGUGGUAGUGUACCAUUCAUGA